AUGGACUACAAACUCCACAUUGCGACCGUGCCGUCGGCCCCGGUCUCGAUCCUCGACGCCCGCUUCGUCACGACGACCAAGGCGACGUGGAGCUACGCGCCCAAUGCGCCCAACCAGUCGCUCGUGUACGCCAAGAAGCAGCUCUGCGACGCCAGCGGUGCUGUUGUGGCCACCCUCUCGCGCAAGGCCUUUUACUGCGCCUACGACACGUACGCCGUGGCGAGCCCGUACUUGCAGGUCCCCGGUACCAUCACGACCUCGGUCAAUUACUGCCCCGGUCGCACGGCGUACACUUGGGUCAUUGACAACCGCGGGUCGGAGCUCGAGCUGUCGGCCUCUGGGUUCUCACUGCGUCCUGUGAUCACGCUCUCGACGCCGACCCAAGAGGCCCGUGUCGUCGCCACUGUCGGUGCCAACAACACGGUGACGAUCGAGGCUGGUGUUGACGCGGCCGCCGUCAUUGUCCUCUGCCGCGUCUGGUCGUUCAAUUUGAACAUGGGCUGGCUGCUUCUGGGUACCGAGAUGGUUCCCUUCACGCUCUCGACGAUCGCUUUUUGCAUGACGCUCCACGAAAACUCCUCGAUGUACAAUUUCAACAACGGCGCCUCGACCAGAGCCGCACUGUGGGCCGCUGCGAGCAUUGCGUGGUUUGUCUGGGCUUUCUUCACGCUCUUCGUUAUGAAGCGCUUUGACGAUUGGCUCUAA